AUUUUAAGUGCAAAUAGGGAAAAAACAGUCAAACUUUCAGUGAUUAUAUAUUAUAUUUUAAUCUAAAACUUAUUGUUGUGUCAGUUUUGAGGGUUAGUGAAGCGAAAAUUGUAUUUAAAAAAAUCAAUUAAAAAAGAAUGGACGUAAUUCUCCAAAGUCGUUGUUGUCGCUAGUUUCUUUAUUGGAUUUCAGUAAUUGCAUGAGUUUGGAAAACUAUUUUAAAGAUUAAUACUCAAAUACUUGUGGUACACGUACAUCAUAAAAUAAGAAAAAUUAAUAAAAGUAUUUAAGUAUCAACAAAUAAAGACGUUGCUCUAAAACUACAAGAAUCGAAAUUAUGAACGGCAGUAAAAGGAAAAGUCGUCCCACUGGCUUGUCAAGGUGUUAAAAUUUGUACCCCAGUGACAAUCGCCAACCUAAAGGAAAGUCGGUGCAAGCGCAAGGCGUUUAUAAUAAUACUUAUUUUAUGCAUGCUGCCACUGCACUUGUGGGUAACUUAGUUCAAGUUCACUUAAGAUCCGGAAAUUUGUACGAAGGAGUUUUUCGAACAUUUUCCCCAAAUUUUGAUAUUGCCUUAGAACUGCCAUUUUGCAUUAAGAGCAGCGUAAACAUGGUAGAUGAAGAAACACCCGUUCCAAAUUGUAUGAUUUUUACGUCUGACAACGUUGUUAGUAUUGUUGCAAAAGAUUUCGAUCCAAAUUAUGCUACAGGUGGUGCUUUCCAAACUGACAACGCUAUUUCGGAAAAGUUUGUAUCGCACCUGGACGAAAAAGAAUUGGAGCCAUGGGAUGCAUCGGGUAUGAAUGGGGAAAUUGAAUUUGAUCUUAAUGGAGGUGCAAAUGGUUGGGAUGCCAAUGACAUGUUCAUAAAAAAUGAAAAGACAUUUGGAGUGCAAUCAACAUUUGACGAUUCACUUUCUGACUACACCGUUCAAAUUGAAAAAAGAGAAACUGAGGAAUUUAAAGAGGCUGAAGCUAAAGCGGAGAAACUUGCACAAGAAAUUGAAAAAAAUCCUUUAUGCAGAGAACGCUUAGAUUUAGAGAAUGGCGACGAAGAAGCUUUGUUUGCAGCGGUCGAACGACCAGUAGAAAGCAAUGGAGAAGAUGCGAAUAUGACUAAUAAAACUAAUAAUGCUUCUGCUCUAUCACGCCCCUUAAAUACAAAUAUUAUGCCGCAAACAAUAGUUCCAAUUCAACAUCAUAUAGUAAUGGCUCAGAGAAAUAACAAUGCCGCAUCAGACAAAUUUGUUCAAAUUCCUAAAAGGAAGGCAGUCCCUACUAAUAACUCUAAAACAGUACGACCAUCCAUGGUUUCAAAUGCCGUUUCACAACAAAGUUCCAGUAAUACAAAGUUAAAUUAUCAAACAGUUCAAAUACAAGGGACAACUUCUUUUUCAAUCAACCAGGGCUAUUCUCCAAUAAUGGCAGGUUCUACAUCAUAUAGGCAUCAAGGAAAUGUCCCUCAGACUAAAUUGAAUGGCGAUAUUCCUAAUGUCGCUGUAAAAAACAAUUCACAGAGAAUGGUCAGAACGUAUGGUUCUCAAUGUUAUGUAGAAUACAAUCCACAACAGAUAACAAUUUCAAAGUCGAUUAUUGGUUCUGGAAGCGCAGGAAAUGUUAAUGUUCAAGAGACAAAUAACUCCCCACCUUUACAUACCAAUCAUACGACCCAACAGACAGGGAAUUUACAAGUUGGAAACCAACCUCCAUUGCCCCAAAGACCAAUGCGAGCACGUGAUGAUCAAAUUCAGGACUUAAGAAAAUUCCAACAAGAUUUUCAAUUAUCUGGAAUCAACCCACCGAAUUCUCAACACCAAAUCCCACUGAAUACAAAUAAAUCGCCAAACUUGGGUGGACAUCAAGCACAGCAGUCACGGUCACCUCCUCAACCAUCACACCAACACAACACACCUCAUAAUCCAACUUCGAUGCAUAACCAUGCUCAAUUGGUGCAACCUGCACAGAUGCAUCAUCUUAACAUAAAACAGACUGACAAUUCUCAUAUUUCCCAACCACUUAAGUCUGCUCAGUUUUCACAUUCUAAUCAAUCACAGGAGAAAUCCAUUUACCAAAACCAUUCACAGCAAAUUGGAAAACAAACAUCUCCUGUUGCAUCUCCUGGAACAAGCAUCAACGACUCUGGGAUGACUUCUUCACAAGCGAAUAAUAAGAACAGUUCCAAUACAAAUAAUAUGAACAACGCUUUAGGCAACAAUGUGAACAAAAACAAUACAGAUUUGUUGUCGGUGGAGAAAACUACACCUAAAACUGCAAUAACAAAGAAAACCCAUGUGCUUAAUCCUUCAGCUAAACCUUUUACUCCGAGGAGUCCAAGUACGCCUAAUCCUUCUCGUCCACAUACACCACAAACACCGGUUCAGUCAAUCAAUGGAAUUUAUUCAACUGGAGCGCAUGUUGGUAACAGUCAAGCUUCCUUUUACUUGAUGCAACCACAACAGCAUACGCAUCCCAAUGCUGUUCAACCACCAAGGCUUCGAAGAGGUCCUGUUGCAACUUCACAAAUGCAUGUGUCAGCUGCUGCCGCUACAGGUCAGCCAUUACUCACAGCAGCUCCAAUGCAACAGUUCAUCCAUUAUCAACAAGCAACGCAUCCGACACAUUUUUCUUCGCAACCAUAUCAACCAAUGAUGCGGAUGUUCCAUGAGCCACCUCCACAAUCAAUACAAUUUUUAGCGCAAACACCCCCUUCAACUACUCCCUCACCAGGUCAGCCACACCAACAAUUCCACCCGCCACCACAACCAUCUCCUGCAGGCGGGGGACCUCAGACGACUUUUGGAUCUUCAGCUCAACCGUACCAUGUUAUGUGCCCAGUUAUUCAUCCACAAUUGGUUCCCAAUUAUUAUCACCAGGGAACGCCCCAAAACCAUCAUCAGCAAUAUCAGAUAUUAAUGCCACAACAUCCAGCACAGUGAAUCUUACUGCAAAACUCAAAAAAUGUUUCGAUGGCGUAAACAGUAUAUAAUACAUACAUUAUAAUAAAAUGUGAAUAAAAAUCAA